GAUGUUUCGAUGUCACAAACAGGAGUGUGUUUUUCACGAACAGGACGUGAGAGGCUGGUCUCAUCUCCUACAUCCCAACCGCUUUAGUGAUUUUUUUUUUUUUCGCAUUUACAAUUUUAAAAUUGUAAGAGACAUGAUCCACGAGCAACUCACCUUCAGGAAGCCCAGUCCCGCGUUGUGGAUCAUAACUACGCUGGUUUUGCUAUUUGCUGUGUGUUGUAUUCUGGUGUGUGGCUUCACACUAUCAGGACACCUUCUGAACCGCCAAAGCUUUGAUUGUGGGCUCAGUGAUGAGUUUUUGCCCAAGCUGACAGACGCGGCCAAAUGUCUCGUCUGGAUAUGGUUAGGGUCGAGUAUGGCGUUAUGCGUGUGGCUAUUGUUGGGAUCUUGGAGUAAAAGCAGCCUCUGCUUUGAAAUGAUCAUCACUAUGGUCAGUGCUGCAAUCAUUAUGAUAGUCUUUUACUGUCGUUUCCAAACAAAGGAGAUUCAGGAGAUACAGAAGUUUAAGGAGCGCUACUCUGACUUUGCUGUGCUACCUUUCAAUAAUACACCAAGGAAUUUGCAAGAAAAGCAGCUAACACAUGCGCACGAAAACAUGCUCACCAACGUGUACUGCUGGCAGACUGAGUUUAAAUGUUGCGGACUUGAAACGUACCAAGAGUGGGAGUCUCGGAUUCCAGACUCCUGCUUGUGCGACGGAGAGGAUGGUUACUCUGGAUGUGUUCGGGUUGGAAACAGUCUUGUUUAUGAGAAGCCUUGUCUUCCUACAGUCGUGCUUUUUGUAGAAAAACUCAGCUCCACGUUUCAGAUCGUCAUCAAAAUUUGGCUAAGCAUCAUUUGUAUUCCUUUCGCCGCCAUCUGUCUGUCUUUUUUACUGGCCUUUCUUUUUGCAAUAGGUUUUAUUGCUUUCGACUCGUGUAAUCCGAGCACCUGGAAAUACACGCUGGGUUUAGCGGAGAAAUUGGUUCCAGUGGUGUUCAUCAGAAAGGACAAUAACAACCAAAUGGAGCCUGAAAAUGUGGAGGAUGGGAAAGCGAAGGAAAGCGUCUGGGAUGACGGUGCAACUGUAAACAUAGAAAAUAGUACAAAUGUGGAAGCAGAAGAAGGAGAGGAGUACGUGGACGACAACCCAGUAAAAAUGAUUCCUCUGUCGCUUUUUAAGAGGCUCUGGGUCGAGCUGAACCCACCGCCUGUUGAACACAAGGUGCUGGAGGAGCAAUGCCUCUCUUUAAUUCAUACUACAUCUAGUAGACCAAGGAAUUUCUACACAAUUCUAAUAGAAGAAGGUUCACCGCUUCUACCCAGUGACGCUGUGUUGGUUGAUCCCAACAAACCCACCGGAUAUAGUUACUGGCGUGAGGGAAAUCGUAUUUUUAACGUUACAGACAUUAUUUGGCCAAAGCAGAAAGAUGCAGCAUAAUAGCGCGAUAACAGCAGUUUGAGCUAUUUUCACAUUUCACUCCGCUAAAUGCAAAUAUUUGUGGUAUUAUAACCACAACACAGUGCUUUUGUCUACAGUGCCUUUUCUGUUUCACAUUGUUCACAAAGUUAGUUUUGAUAAUUGUGUAAUUAUGUGUGUGUUUCUGUAUUUCUCUUGCUGUUUGUCUACAGCCUAGAAAUAAAUGUCUUAAUAACUA